UCCUCUCCGUACCGUGCCCUAGCAGGGUAGACUGUAGACCUCGUGGUGGACUGGGUUCUCCGACUCCGGCCAUAUUGGAUAGUGAAUGUCUCAACUUACACAAGGGCUCGAGAGUAGCCGAAAACCUCCACAAAAUCCUCGACGACGUGAGGAUACACAUUCAAGAUGGAAAACGAAUACACCGUCACGGUUACGAAUAAGUUCCUGCUCGCGCUCGACGAGACCGAGGAUCCUCUCGAGGUGUUAAAAGUUAAAGAGCUCGAGAAGGAGGCGAAGAAAAAGGAAAGGAUCUCCGAGAAGGAGAAUAAAAGCAAGCAGCAACAGCAGCAGCCGGACGGCCAGAAGUCCGCCAACAACAAGCCGCCGAAGAGCCGAGUGAUCAAGGAUGCCCAGCAGCCGCCGUCCAAGACGCAGGAUCCUAAAAAGGAUCAAGUAGAGAAAAAAUCAGUUCAACCAAGGACAAGUGGUGGUGAUCGCAAUGUGAAGUUCUCAAAUGAAUCCAGAGAGGAGCGUAAUAACAGACGUAAUCGUGAGGAAGGAGAAAAACCGCGAGGGCAAGGAGAGUUCAGGAGAGGUCCUCCUAGCGAAAAUCGCGAACCGCGUGAAUUCAGGAAUUCGAGCGAGACUCAACGCACUGAAUACGGGGAGCGCCGUGGCCGUGGUGGAAUGCGUGGUAUGGGUCGCGGACGUGGUGGCCCACGUGGACGCGUUGGUUUCGAUAAUCGUGGCAAACGCGAAUUUGAUCGCCAGUCUGGUUCUGAUAAAACUGGUAUUAAACCAGUGGACAAGAAAGAUGGUGCUGGCAGUCACAAUUGGGGCACUCAUAAUGACGAGAUUGAGGAAAGUCUCAAUCAGGAAACUCAAGAAUGGAAUAAUGAAAAACCAGAAUCCGAGCCUCAAGCAGCAACUGAAAUUAAAAAUGGAGAUACGGCCGCGGACACGACUGUUGAAGAGAAACCGGUUGAGGAAGAGACACGCGAACUUACUCUGGACGAAUGGAAAGCUCUGCGUAGCAACCGUGCCAAGCCUCAGUAUAAUCUACGAAAGGCUGGUGAAGGCGAAGACUUAACACGUUGGAAAAAAAUGUAUGCACUUGAAAAGAAGAAGGAAGGUCAUGAAGAGGAGGAUGAGGAAGAGGAGGAGUAUGACGCUGCCGCCGAAUACCCUCAGCGCGUUGGCAGGCAAAAGCGCGUGUUAGGUAUCGAAAUCCAAUUCAGUGACUCGCGACGUGGUUCUGGCAGUCGCGGCCGAGGUAAUCGCGGUCGUGGUGAUCGCAUAAACGGCCGUGGAUUUGGGAAUCGUGGUGCCCCUAGGGACAGCGAGCCACGCCCGCAAAAUGAACAGAGGUCGCCGCGAAGUCGUCAAAAUGCUCCAAAGGUGGACGACGAGAAUGACUUUCCUUCUCUGGGAUAGGUAGCUUUAUCUAUCUACUAUACGACAUCCCACCAUUGUCACCAUCAGUAAAUCUACUACAGAUAAAGCUAAACUUAAAAAAAAAACAAAUAUUACUAUCAAUUUGCGUUAGAUCAUUAUUAAUGCAUAAUACACAGUACAGUUGCAGAAAUGAGAUACGUAAUACUAACUAAAAAUUCCUUUCGUAACUUGAAUGCUGCUGUUACAUAUUGGCAUAUAUUCGUACAUAUAAAAAAAUGCACCAUGUAUAAAUAAGAAAACAAAUAGAUAACGAUCCUUUUUUUUGCACUUGUGGAGAGCCAUUUUGUCAGUAACCAUUUCAAGACACUGGCCAAUGAACUCAAUCUUAUAUACUCUUCCAUCGAAAUCGUGGCCAAACCGCAGUCCGUAUUAUUCUAUUUUCUGUGUACAGCAAAAUUUUUUUUUCCUUUGAUAACUGCUUUCGAUUCAGAUUCAAGAGACAGAUUGAAAGUAUUACUUGAAAUAGAUGCAAUUCCUCAACAUGCUUGCUGGACCAUUUAAACUCUUAUUUUCUUUCUUUCUCUAUCUCUCUUCUUCCAGUUUUUUUAUUUAUGCUUUCUGAUCUUCAGUUGACUUCAAGAUUAUUAACAAGUUUAUGGAAGUUUUUUUUUUUUUUUCUCCCCCCACAGAUCAUUCAUCCACUGGUCAGUGUUUCGAGACUAAUUACAGACAAAUGGCUCCCACAAGUACAAAAAAGGAUUAUUAUCUAUUUGUUUUUCUUGUUCAUACAUAUGCAUUUUUGCAUGUGUAUGAAUAUAUGCCAAUAUGUAACAGUGGCGUUCAAGCCAUGAUAAGAUGUGGGAGGCCAUUUUUCUGUAACUAGUGCGAGACACUGGCCAGCGGAUGAAUGAUCUGAUGAAGAAGAAAACAUAAGGAAACAAGUUCACUUCUGUGAACUUGUUAAUAAUCUUGAACUCAUUGGAGAUCACAGGAAGAGUAUAUAAGAAGAUUGAGAAAAGGAGAGAGAAAAAGUUUAAACGGACCAGUAAGCAUGUUUGAAGAAUAGCAUCUAUUUCAAAUAACAGUUUCAAUCUCUUUAAAUCCAAAUUAAAGACAUUUACCGAAAAAAAGAAAAAUUUUGCUGUACACAGAAAAUAGAGGAAUGCGGGUUGCGAUAUCGAUUUCGAUGUCGCGUUAAAGGCCUAAGGGAGGCUGGAUGUAGCAUCGAUACACGCGCGAACCUGUAUAAUAUCUCUUUUUAGGCGUAAAUUUUAAACGCACUUUCUGUUUUAUAAGUUUUAUACGAUAUUUGGAAAAGAAGAACAAUCCUUCCUCUCGUAACCGGCAGGUUUUAUCACUUGUCACAUGUAAGAUGUAAGAAACUUUUAACAGGAAGGGUAUAUUUCUAUUUAAAUAAACGCAUCGUACUAAAAAAAUUCAUCUCUAUUUAGGACAUGCUAAGUUUGACUUUAUAUAUAUAUAUAUAUGUAUACAUAGAGAGAGAGAGAGAGAGACUUCCCUUUCGAAACUGAAGUCGAUCUGUGACAAAACGUUACAUUUAAGUGAAAUAUUUCGAAUAUAUAUUGACACAGUGUUUUAGGUAUACAUACAUAUAUGCAUAUAUGUAUACAUAUAUGUAGUUUACGAUAAAUCGAAAAAAGUGAGAAACAUGACGCGCCGGGAGGGAAGACAGAACGAAUGAGUCUGCACUCAUAUUAUUAUGUUAUACUUGUGCGUUCUCAUAUUCUUAAUUACGAACUAAUAUUAGUUGUUUACUAUAUAUUUGUUAUACAAUUGAAGAAAAUAAUCGCAGUCAAACCAUUCACCGCCUGUCCAUCAUAGAGACAGAAACAAAAGAGAACAGGAAAACUUUAUGAAACUGUUUGAAGCUUAGGUACAUGUGUAAAUAACAUUUACAAUAAUAAAUUGUGACGAUGAUCGGA